AUGCCUGUUUCUAGUGGAACCUACGCUGCCGAACAAGUUGCGAAGUGGAAUUGGUAUUACCGCAUGGAACAGAUUUACUACUUGUGGCAACAGAACGUUUUUCCUGUGAAGCCGAACCAUGUCUUCUGCGGUUUCCCGAUUCACUUGGCAACAUCGGAUUCCACCGAAAUCCGUAGCUACUUGGGCGGGAGUCGUCGGUUUCGUCGUCUAUUAGAUAUGCCUGUCGAAAAUAUAACCUAUGUCGUAACGGGCAAGUGUUAUCCUUUGAUGGGAGGUGUCAUUAGUACUUGGCUGUUCUUCGGUGCCCAAGUACCUCUGGCGGUAUGA